CCUUCUCUUCACGCCCUCUUUCUUUCUUUCACUUUCAAACCUUAUCUUCAUAUCCUCGGUCAAUAUCUUCUUGUACAAACACAACAAUGUCCUGGCAAGAGUACGUCGACGUCCAGCUCCUCAGUACAGGCAAUAUCCAACGUGCGGCUAUCAUCGGCCAAGCUGGAGGAGUAUGGGCCUCCAGUGCGGGGUACACCCUCUCCCCUCAGGAACAGCAAGCCGUCUUGCGCGUGUUUACCGACCCGAGUGCUGCUCAGGCCUCGGGCGUCCGUUUGGCCGGCAAGAAGUUCUUUGCUGUCCAGGUCGAUGACCAGCAUCUUUAUGGCAAGCAGGGCGCAGGCGGAUGCACCAUAGUCAAGACGACCCAAGCAGUCAUCAUUGGCGAAUACGACCCUCCCACACAGGGGCCGGAAGCCAACCUCGUCGUCGAGAAGCUGGGCGACUACCUGCGGAGUGUUGGCUACUAGCCCACUAGCGCUUCGUAUGCAUGUACCGAUUGGGGGUUGUACUGUUCAGUCGGAGGAAGUGUAAGGGAGUCUAGAGUGUUGAGUGUGUAGGGUGUAGGGUAUGCAGGUGUGGCAUGGAGGAGAUCAAGCGUUAAGAACCACGAAACCCUGUAUUUGAAAUUGAAACGU